AUGGUUUCUACAGGAGCGGCAAUAGUGGAAUUGUCCGUUGACGAAAUUGCUGCUAUGAGCGAUACCGAGCUUGGCCACUUCAUGACGAAACAUCGCCUUCCCGAUGGCGGUUACGAACUUCCUGUUAACGGAUGGGAUAAGCUAUCUAAAGAUGAACGCGGCCAUCUUGCCGCGAGACUAAAGGCUCAAGAACAAGGCCUAGCCCAGAGCCCCACGGCUUUUUCUUGCCCACUCGAUAUCGACGACCUCGAUGCGCGCCUACGUCAAGUAUCGCCCAACAAAAGCUUCUCACUGCAACCUGAACCCCGAACUGCAAGGUCCCCUACACCACUGGUCGACCCAACCAUACGCGAAGCCGAGGCUUACCAGGAGCUCGUCAAUGAUGGUGGCCGUCCGUUAUACCCCAUCGACCUUAUCCAUAAUAUGUUUCAGCAUCCAGACAACUACGCAGAGACAUUACGGCCUUGGCAAGUAAAUAAUAGCCCUGUAUCCCCUUCCGGCAUAUUCCAGAAACAGCUACAGAGGUGGCGAAACUUCCGCAGGUGGCAAAACGACCAUCGAGGCCAUGAGGAUGACGAGGGUGGUUUCCUAGCGUUUGUCGAGUGGAACAAGCACAUAACACGACGGGAUAUGAAGCCGAAAUGUGCUGCAAAGCACCUAGCCGAAAUUGAGGCUGAUCCGUCAUGCCUUAAGUCGAUCUGGGAGCAUAGGCAAUGGGAACGUGAAAGGCAGCGACGCUAUUGCAGAGAACGCGGCUGCCAAGGGUUUAGCGACUAUACGGAAGCGGUAAAGCGCCGGCUUGCCCGCCACGACUUUACACAACCAUGCAAGCUCAACGAAGACCCUAAGAACCAAGAUAACCUUACCACAUGGAUCGAGUACCUCAACUACGAGUACUGGUGGCUUGAUAAGUACACUAGCGAUAUUGAACGCCUAGAGCCAGAACAUGAUAAGUUAUGGCAGGAUCUUGUUGACAAGAAGAUCCCAAGACCUCACGAGACAAAAGAGUUUGUACGUACAGCCUUAUCGGGGAUGGAGGGCGAGGCAGAAAAGGACCAAGCUAUGAAGACUGUACAAAGGGCAGAGUCGGAAGCGAGACGAAUCUACGCGUCAACCCAGGAGGGCCUAGAGCGUUCAAGUAUUCCUAUAGCAAGGCGGAUAUCGAUGUUAAAACACAGCGCGGAGAAAGUACUUGCUGCAAAGGAACGGUUACGGCAGGUCCAAAGCCGAUUAUUCCUUAUUACACAAUUUGUUCGGGCCACGUUCGACUACGAUGAGGCAAAGAGAGAUGCUGCUCGUCAACGCGUCCUUGUCCAAUGGGUUCUGGACCAGGUUCCUCUAAUUCAGGACCUACGCAAAGCAAAUAUACAACUUGAAUCUGGUGGAAAAAGGGCGACGAAGAGGAGGCUCACCAGCGACGAAGAGCUUGGAUCUGAUGGGCAAAGGGCGACGAAGAGGAGGCUCACCAGCGACGAAGAGCUUGGAUCUGAUGGACGAAGGGCGACGAAGAGGAGGCUCAUUAGUGACGAAGAGCUUGGAUCUGAUGGACAAAGGGCGACGAAGAGGAGGCUCACCAGCGACGAAGAGCCUCUAGAGAGACAAGACCUGAAAAGGGCGAGAAUUGACCUUGAAGAACCGAGGCUGGCCAGUGCGAUAAUCCCAUCAAAAGUCACAAAGACGCAGUCGGAGUCCCGCAUUGUGAUGGACCAGGAAGCGGCUCAAGGUUCGCACCAAGAUGACGUUCAGGCAAUACCGCAAGGACCCCGCCGCAGCGCACGUAUUGCGGCGUAUCGUGACGCUUCCAAGAUAGCCCCUGAGCGUGGCAUCCCUCAACCAAGAAGACGCUCAAGGUCUGGAGCAACACCAGCACACGCACCAGCAAAACCGCCACCAGCACAACCGCUAAGAUCUUCUUCGCUAGUUGAGGACACAAAAGCUCAUACGGUGGGGAGACCGUCACGCGGCAAGAGUCAACGCGGCAAGAGUCAACGCGGCACAGCUAAAUCAAACAGGAGGUCGCAGAGGCGUCAGCAGCGAAGGGGUGACUAA